AUGGAGCAGUUAAUCCCCAUCAUGAACCGUCUUCAAGACGCGCUCCUGACUUUAGGAAGCGGCGAUGGCACAACAUUUGACUUGCCGCAGAUAGCAGUCCUGCAACAUACAUCUGGAACGACGGAGUGGGGAGAGUUCAGCCACUCUCCAGGGCACCGGUUCACAGACUUUGCUCAGAUAAGGAGGGAAAUUGAGAGAGAGACGGAACGGGUGACAGGCCGCUCCAAGAACAUCUCGCCCAUUCCUAUUUGCCUCAAGAUUUUCUCGCCAAAUGUUAUUGACUUGACGCUUGUCGACUUGCCAGGCAUUACAAAAGUGCCAGUGGGGGAUCAACCUUCAGACAUUGAGCUCCAAAUCCGCAAGAUAGUUUUGCAGUACAUAAGCCAGCCCUCUUGUGUUAUCCUUGCCAUCACGGCGGCCAACACUGACAUUGCCAAUUCCGACAGCCUCAAGAUCGCCCGUGAUGCGGACCCUGAAGGCAUUCGCACCAUCGGAGUGGUUACCAAAGUCGACACGAUGGAGGAAGGCUGCGACUGCGCAGACGUGCUUCUAGGGAAGGUCUACCCACUAAGAAGGGGGAAAGUCCCACACUCCGCAUUUGCCUUAGUUUCACUUCGAAAGGUGCUAAUGCAACACAUCCGGGAAUCGUUGCCGGAGCUUCGUGAGAGGCUGCAGAAGAGGCUUCAGGAAGCAGAAGCAGAGCUGGCUGGCUACGGGGAUCCACUGCUGGAAGCGAAGGGGAAUGCUGGGGCAUUGCUUCUACAUUUUUUCUCUAAGUUUGCCCGCAACUUUCAGGAUGCGAUUGACGGGAAGCUGCAAUCUCAGCACUCCUCGGAUCAUUUGAUGGGCGGGGCACGGAUAAACUUCAUCUUCCAUGAUUGGUAUGGCAGGGCCUUGGCCGAGUUCGACCCGCUCAGCGGUCUCAGCGAUCAUGAAAUUCGCACCGCCAUUCGGAACGCCACGGGUCCCAAGGCUGCCCUUUUUGUGCCAGAAAGCGCAUUUGAAAUCCUAGUCAAAAAACAAAUUCAGCAGUUAGAGACCCCUUCGCUGCUUUGUGUGGAACAGGUGUACGACGAACUGCAGAAGAUUGUUGAGAAAUCUGAACUUCCCGAGAUGUCUCGAUUCACAAAUCUGAGAGACCGCAUUCUUGAAGUCGUCUGUGGGGUGCUGAAGAGAUGCCUGGCCCCAACAAAUCAAAUGAUUCACAAUAUUAUUCAGAUUGAGCUGGCUUACAUCAACACGAAUCAUCCUGACUUCAUGAGCAACAAAGCCCUCCCGGGCCUCUUUGGAGACAACAGUUCCAGCAGGCGCGACUCCUACUAUGGUGCACAUGUGAAUGAAGCCUUUCUUCCUCGUUCGGCUGCAAGAGCCUAUGAACAGUUCGAAGUGCUUCUCAUACACUUCGACCGCAUCUCCUAUCCGGCUGUCGUGUCCUGUGAAUUUAUUCAGGGCGUUGGAGGUGUAUUGCAUCAAGGUGGCUUUUUCAGUUUUCUAAAGAACUCCCGACCUUCUCCACACGCUAGCAGGAACAAUUCUGUUGCGCAAGCUACACCGCAACAGCAACCACAGCAGCAACACAUACAGCAACCCCUUACUCAGCGGGCCGAUAAUGCCAAUCCAGCUGAGAGAUGCACCAGAGAAUAUUUUAUCUACUGCAGGAAGCCUUUCAUAGGCACAUGUGCCCAUGUUGCUGCUUCUACUAUUCAGGGAAGUGGAGGCAUUCGCAUGCCCGCAGUUCCGCCAGUUGUCGCGCCGUCAGACAUCCCAUCCGACCGGGAGCAAAUAGAGACCGAACUUAUUAAGUCGUUGCUGUGGUCUUACUUCCAGAUUGUCAGGAAGAAUGUUGCAGAUGCGGUGCCGAAGGCGAUCAUGUACUUCAUGGUGAACACGGCGAAGGAUGUACUACAGAGAGAGCUAGUAGCUCAGCUGUACAGAGAAGAGCUAUUUGGGGAGCUCAUGAAGGAGGCGGGAGACAUCAGUGUGAAACGACAGCAAUGCAAACAGCUUCUAAAAUCUAUACGGAGUGCACUUGAGAUCAUUUCUCAAGUCAGGGAGCUAGGAGCAGAAGAUACUGCGUUGCCAGCCCGCCGACAUUUCUAG